GGGCGUGCGCACGCCUCCGGGUGCUGCUGCGCGCCCCCGCCUGUGUGUGUGUUUGUAUGUCGGUGAACUGGUGGGAGAGAGAGAGGAGGGGACCGGUGGCUGAGAGAGGCAUCGGAGGCAAGUGCAAGAGGUUCGGCGCUCUGAGCGGGGACUCCACGUGAAUAACCGCAGCUCACGGCUUCGCUCUGUCGCGGGAGGCUGAAGACACCCGCGGUGUUUUGUGUUUCUCACCGCCCAGGGAGGAGGUAAGACUGAAUUCAGCCAGACAGCGGGCGAAGCAGGCCAGGGAGGAGGAGAGAGGGGAUUUGGGCUUCUCUGUUGUGAAAGUGCACGUGUCCUCAGAGGCGGUGCGUCACUGAAUUUGGGGGCAGACCUUUGAGUCUCACGUGAUCAUGGAGUGGAGGAGGAUGGAUGUAGGAGUGCUUCUGCUGUUCCUGGUGCACCUUGCCACUGCGCUGGAGGUCCCACUAGACCUUCUGGAAGGAUUGCCGCAGCCGCCAACCAUCACUUACCAGUCCCCUAAAGAUUACAUCGUCGACCCACGAGAGAACAUUAUAAUCCACUGUGAGGCGAAGGGAAAACCGCAUCCCAGUUUCUCCUGGACAAGAAAUGGGACCCACUUUGACGUCGAGAAUGAUCCCAACGUGGACAUGAAGCCGCAAUCUGGGACUCUGGUGGUGGAUAUCAGCAGAGAGAGGGUUGAACACUACGAGGGGGUGUACCAGUGCACAGCACGAAACAAACACGGAACCGCUGUUUCCCACAAUAUAGUGGUUAGACAGUCCAGAUCCCCCCUGUGGUCAAAGGAAAAAAUCAAGCCAAUCGUGGUGCAGGAGGGCGUGUCUUUGGUGUUGCCGUGUCGCCCCCCUGCUGGCCUACCCCCUCCCAUCAUAUUCUGGAUGGACAACAACUUUCAGAAGCUCCCUCAGAGCAAGAGGGUGUCUCAGUCGUUGAACGGUGACCUGUACUUCUCCAAUGUUCGCCGAGAGGACACCCGGAACGACUACAUUUGCUACGCCCGCUUCCCCCACACACAAACCAUCCAGCAGAAACAGCCCAUCACUGUCAGGGUCCUUAACCUGGAUGAAAUCAAUGACACAAUGGCAGCUUUUUACAAUGACACUGAUUUAUUUAGUGAGGCACCCGUGGAUGACAGAAGACCAACCUUCCUCAUCCCAUCUGGCUCAUCCAGUUCCAAGAUGGUGUUGAGAGGUGAUAAACUGGAGAUGGAGUGCAUUGCUGAAGGAUUGCCCACCCCUCACAUCUCUUGGACCAAAAUAAGUGGUGAUCUGCCUUCCAAACGCACCUCCUUCCUGAACUACAACAAGACCCUUCACAUCGAGGACGUGUCAGCAUCAGAUGAAGGAGAUUACCGCUGCACAGCGAAGAACCAGUUUGGCUCGGUGCACCACACCAUCCACGUCAUGGUCAAAGCUGCUCCAUAUUGGAUCGAUGUCCCUCCCAGGAACCUUGUCCUAGCUCCAGGGGAGAGCGGCAGGCUGUCCUGCUUGGCCAGCGGCACACCCAAACCCACCAUCACCUGGGCUAUGAAUGGCAUCUCCAUAGAGAAUUCACCCAAGGAUCUGAGCAGAAAGGUGGAGGAUGACAUCAUCAUCUUCACCGAUGUACAGCCUGGAUCCAGCGCUGUGUACCAGUGUAACAUCUCUAAUGAGUACGGUUACGUCCUGUCCAACGCCUUUGUCAAUGUCCUCUCCGAGCCACCCAGAGUGCUAACACCACCCAAUAAAGUCUACCAGAUCAUCAAGAACCACCAGGCCUUGUUAGACUGCUCCUCCUUUGGAUCGCCUAUGCCAAAAAUUACAUGGUUUAAAGACAGUCGGUCCAGCAUCCUGCAGGAAGACCCUUACAUUCUUCAUGACAACGGGACGUUAGAGAUUCGCGUAGCUCAAGCACAACACAAUGGCAAAUACACAUGUGUUGCUACAAACAGUCUUGGGAUUUAUGAGAAUCAUGUCUACCUGGAGGUCAAAGAGCCAACCCGAAUCCUGAAGCAGCCAGAAUACAAAGAAGUCCAGAGGGGCCGAUCUGUGGUGUUUGAGUGCACGGUAAAACACGACCCUUCGCUCAUUCCCACGAUGACCUGGCUCAAAGAUGACGGAGAGCUGCCUGACGAUGAGAGACUGAUCGUGGACUCGGACAGCCUCACCAUCACUGAUGUUACAGAGGACGACGCAGGAGUGUACACCUGCAUCAUGAACACCACUCUGGACCACGAUUCAGCCACCGCUAAGCUCACCGUUGUGGAGGCCACAACACCAGCUGUUGUCUACGAGCGACCCGACCCCCCGACAGACCUGGAACUGACAGACCAGAAAAAGAGGAGUGUUCAGCUCACUUGGACCCCUGGGGAUGAACAUAACAGCCCUGUUCAGAAAUUUCUGAUCCAAUAUGAAGACUCACUGCACCAUCGGGGUCACUGGCAUAAUCUUACCGAGGUCCCUGGAACCAAGACAACAGCUCACCUUAAACUGUCGCCCCAUGUUCACUACACCUUUAGAGUUCUGGCUCUCAACGCGGUGGGCUUCAGUAAUCCCAGCCGCCCCUCCAGGAUGUACAAGACAGAACCUGCAGCUCCAGAUGAAAACCCAACAGGUGUGCAGGGAUUUGGAACUGAACAUAACAAUCUUGUAAUCUCCUGGAAGCCACUGACAAACCUCCAGUCUAAUGGUCCCGGGCUUCACUACAGAGUGAUGUGGAGGCAGAAGAAUGUAGAAAGCGAAUGGAAUACAGUGACCGUGUCUAACAAUUCCAAGUUUGUUGUGUCUGGAACGCCCACGUUUGUUCCAUAUGAGAUUAAGGUUCAGGCUGUAAACGACCACGGAGCUGUACCUGACCCUGCUAUUGCCCACGGCUACUCAGGAGAGGACUUGCCCGUAGCAGCUCCAGAAAAUGUGCACGCUGUGGUGCGAAACAGCACCCUGGUAGAGGUGUUCUGGGAUCCCGUGCCCGCUCAUUUAAUACGCGGAAAUAUCAAAGGAUAUAAGGUGUCUUACUGGAGAAAACACCACUACAAGCACAAUCCUGAUCACAUGGAGCAGGACAUUCUUGUAUUUAGUGGGAAUCAUACCCAGGGCAUGCUGCCUGGCCUCCACCCCUUCAGUCUGUACUUGUUCAAUGUAAGGGUCUAUAAUGGAAAAGGAGAGGGCCCCCGGAGUGUAACCCAGCAGUUUAAGACACCCGAGGGAGUGCCGGGGUCUCCUACUUCGCUGAUAGUCACUAACUCGAACCUGGACUCUCUAACCCUUGAAUGGAGUCCUCCUCAUGACCAUAAUGGGCACAUUACCGGGUAUACCCUCAAAUAUCAGCCAGUAAAUAACUCCAAUGAACUGGGCCCAGUGGAGGAGCUGGCCUUGGCUGCCAAUGAGACCUCUGUCACUUUGCCCAACCUCAAGUACAGCAUACGCUACAAGUUUUAUUUGAAUGCGAAAACAGGCGCUGGAGCAGGUGCAGCCAUUUCUCAGGAAGCUGUCAUCAUCAGGGAGGAAGGCUCUGAUAUCACAGGAAGCACCCAAUCCCUUCAUCCUAUUGCACGGUCACCUCCACAUGGUCCACCCCACAAGGCAAGUCCUUUCGGAAACAUUAGCUCCAUGAUCGGGGAAGACUGGGCCCUGAUCAGUUGGGAGUACUGGGGCCCGGAGAAAAACUUUAGUGCACAAUACAGACUAAAUGACAGUGAAAGUGAAGAGGACUGGAAUACAGAGUUUGUGAAUGGCUCUCAGAACAUAACGCUGAAAGGCUUAAAGGGGGGCCUUUGCUAUAGGGUCCGUUUGGUGGCUUUGGGUCACCACGACCAAGAAUUCCACCACUCCAAGGAGCUCUUGGUUACUCUCCCAGCUGUGGCAAGCAGACAGGUGGACAUCGCCACUCAGGGAUGGUUCAUUGGCCUCAUGUGUGCAAUUGCUCUGCUCAUCCUGAUCCUUCUCAUUAUCUGCUUCAUCCAGAGAAAUAAAGGAGGGAAGUACCCUGUCAAAGAGAAGGAGGAUGCCCACACAGACCCUGAGUUCCAGCCCAUGAAAGAUGACGACUGUACUUUUGUGGAAUACAGUGACAAUGAGGACCAUAAACCUUUAAAAGGGAGCCGCUCGCCAUCUAAUGGGACAGUUAAGAGAGACGACAGUGACGACAGUUUAGUUGACUACGGUGAAGGAGGAGACGGACAGUUCAACGAGGAUGGCUCCUUUAUCGGGCAGUAUAGUGGAAAGAGUGCCAGUAGGGACACUGCUGAGGGCCAUGAGAGCUCGGAGGCCCCAUCCCCUAUAAAAGCCAUGAACUCCUUGAACUCUUUUGUGUAGCCAGUCGGUCUUAACAGAACGGUGCGGGGUGAUGCACUGACUACUCAAGCCCCCUCAAUCCCUACAUCACUCUUACAGGGCUGUCCCAACACUGCAUGGCUUUAUGAUCAAACAUGUAUACCCAGCUCCAUAAAUGAAACGUAAAACUCAUUAAAGACAUUUAUGUUUUCACACGGACGUCUUAUGGAGAAGCUUGGAAAACCUUAGCUAAUUAUACCCUGAGCGACAUUUAGGAAGUAACCAGCUCAGCCAUAACUUUAACAGUUCAUGACAGUUCCAUAAAUCCAUAUAUUAAUCAACACUUUAAUAUUAACAACUAUUGCAUUUUUACCAGAAAUCUGAUAUGGACUAUGCAGUUAUUGUCUGAACUAUAUUUGUUUGUGUUGAUGGUUGUCAUAUUAUCUAUUCAAAUAGGGGGCAUUGUCUACAGUAAAUUUCUACUACUCCAUGUAUAUUUUUUUCCAACCCAGAAACUUGUACCAGAAAAAUGCUAUGUAAUCUAUUACAUUAAGGCAGUUCCCAUGGUGCGUUUAAAAGGAAGAUGUUGUACAGCGCAUAUGUAAAGUUAUAUUUAAUGAAGUGAACAUUCUGCACAGUGGAAUUUGAGAGCAGUGCACGUUAUAAUUCAGAGUGUUGCACUGAUACGUCCUCAUCUGUAGUCGCUGUCACACUGCGACGAUGAAGAAGGAGGCUAAAGUGCUGCAUGGCAUGUCACAUGACCUCAUGACCUUUGCCCUGCAUGUGACCUCCUCUUAUUGUGCUUGAUCUGAAGGCCAGUAGGGAAUAGCUGAUGGUGUGAUAGCUUGCUUCAGUCCCUGCAAGUGCUCCUUCAGCAGGUAGUGCCUUUUCUUUAAAGCAUUGAUUCACUUGCAAAGUCUCUUUCUGGCCUUCAGUGUCUGGAACAGAGACAAUGGGAGAAAUGCAGAAGUCACAUCCAAGGAUGGAUAAGAUAAGCAUGAGAAGAGCACCCUGUGGAUGGACGAAUAAUUAAUAUGUGCUUGGCUUUUUUUUUUUUAAGACACAGGACUGGCUUUGAUUUCUUUGAAAAGUAAAACACUGCACUGGAUCAAAUGAAAACAUUGUAAGAACCACCACUGAUGUAUAAAUGCCUGCAAUACCUAAUGGUAUUUCUGCAGUGUAUGGAUAUUUGUGUUUGUGUGUGGUUGUGGACACAGCACAUUAAUUCAACUCCUAUUAAGCAAAAGUUGUUCGCAUUUACUAACUGCUCUUGAGGGCCUUUGGAUGGGAUCAAGAUUUAGUUUUUCUUAACUUGCAUCAAGUUUUAUUUUUUUAAAGACAUGUAGAAUAUUUGUUGAAAUUGUAAAUAUCUUAAUUGAUUGUACAGGAACAAGCAGCUUUUACAGCAGUCUAAGCGACGAUAUCAUGCACGAUAUGGCUUAACUUGUUGGUAGGAAUAUUAUAAAUAUAGACAACUUGUAGAGAACAUAUAUAUAUAUACAUAUAUAUGUA